CUGGGGGUGGGGUGUGUGCAGUCACCGUCCCAGAGCCACACAGUCCGCUGGUGGCAGAGGCUUCCUGUUCCUGGGCUCCUCUCUUGGAGGGGGUUCUAGCUGUGACUCCACCCACCACCUCCCAGAGGCCAUCCUGGUUCCUGAAACUAAGCCCUGGCCAUCAGCACUGCCCGGAGAGUCAGUGCCCGGGGCUCUGCCCCACCUUACGGGCGGGUGGGGUCUGUGGCAAAGCACCUCCCUUCUCCUCAGUCGCGGGGGAGUUAGAUUGGAAGGCCUGUAGUCCCACCCCUCUGACGGUUAUCAGCUCUGGCACCUUCCCUCUGCACUAAGACAGGAGCCUCAUUGAGGCCAGUUAAAGGAGCUGCAGCGGCAAGGGGUCAAGAAGGGCAAGCGCGUCCCACGCAGCCCAGGGGCGAGUCUCUGGCCUUCCCCAGACACGUCAGCCUCCUCACCACAGCUCAGGAAUGCUGCAGAGACCAGAGGCUGCGGAGCAUGGGGUCAGCUGACCAGGGCUGUGCCCGGCGGAGGAGACCAGAGGAGAAGCCCCUCCCGCUUCCUGCCAGCCCCCAGGGGCCUCGGAGUCCUCCAAGCUUCCGGGCGCAGGAUCCAGCCCAGCCCACAGUCUCAGAGGAUGGCACGAGCCAAGGAUUUUCAAACUGGAAAAUCCUAGAGUCACAAAUUCGAAGAUGUUUAAAAGCUCAGCUUCUCCAGGAUCCAAGAGCAGCGGACGCUGUGAGGUCACGGAGCACCCUACAGCCCCAGGGACCGGCCUGGAGAGGACUUGCCUGAGGUCACAGAGCCAGCCCGGCAGGGCAGAGGCUCCUGGGUGCUCUCUGCUGCGUUUUCCUGAGCCCCUGCUUGAACCCUCCAGGAUGGGGGGCUCACCACUUCUCCAGCCAGACCACUCCCAGAGGGGCCAUGGAUGGGGACAGAGGGAAGAGAACUGAAUCCGUGCCAGACACCACGCUUUUUUUCCAUGUCAAUCUUGCCGCUACUUUGGGGCAGGUGUUGGCAUCACGUGGCACUGAGGAGGACAGGACGGAAGGUCAGAGAGGCGGAGUGGCUAACUUGGGCAACGUGGCCGGGGUCCUGUGAUACGAGAAAGACUGUCUUCCCACCACCGCCCCACGUGGCAUUUAAUCUGGGAAGGGCGUGAGCCUGGGGAUCACCGGGGCCUCAAGAAAAAGGCUGGUGCGGCCCACCGGCUGGGCCUGCCUGGACGUGGGGCGUGGUCCCAAUGGGGCGCAGUCCUGCCCCCGCGCUGAGCAUUCUCAUGACUGUUACUGCCUUAAUUAAGACAAGUGCCCGAUCCCCAUUUUACAAAUGAAGAAUGUGAGGCCCAAGGUCAUGCGGCAAGGGGCCGGGUGAACCAGGGGCCUCUGAGAGGACUGCCCGCCUCUGCUGGUCCAGGGGGAGGACCCUCGGCUGCAGGGCGAGCCUGCCGGACCAAGGAGACCAGGAGCUCAGUCUAGACCUGCCACCCAAGACUGGUGUGACCUUCAGCAGGCCCUGGCGCACUUUGAACCUUGGUAUCAUCAUCUGUGAUGUGAGUGUGACGACAGGCCCUGCCUCCCGGGGUCUUGGGAGGGAGGGCAGUGCCGGCCGGGGUGGGGCUACCGCCGGGGCGCCCCAGGAGCCUGGCGUGCACCCAGCCCAGAGGUGCCAGCCCUCCUUGCUGGCAGAGCCGCUUCUGACUCCCCAGACUCAAUUAAGACGCAAACACCGCUGGUAGGAAGCCUUUGGAGAGGACGGGAGGCCGACCCCUGGGAUUAUGUUAUCAGAUGGUUCGCCACCUGGCAGGUGGGGCCCCGGGCUGGGAAGUGCUCCCCAGACCCACUGCAUGAGGCUGCGCGGGCGCUGCCCCUCUGGGCUCCAGUGUGUCCCUGGGAACAGUCCACCGGGCCGCCCCUGGGGCCUCUCAGGGCGUCGAGGCUGUGCUGGUACCGCCUGCUUGGGGACAGCAAGAGCCCCCCUCCUGGUCCCAGGGGCCUUGGCCCCCCAUGACCCUGUGCUCACCAGGCCUUGGUGUGGUCAGACUUCUGCCCCUGCCGGAGCCCAGAGUCUAGGAGCCUCGUGAAAAUGCUUUUACUGCCCUGAGUCAAGCUGGGGGCCCGCAGCAAGGCUCCACGGCUCCCCAGAGGGGCAGGGCUCGAAAGAACAUCCAAGACGCUGCUUCUCCGGAGAAACGGGGGCUCACUGACCCCAGAGCUGGGCUCUGGGCCAGCUCCUCCAGGGGCCGGCUCGGCGACAAGUUACCUGCCCUGUGUGAGCCCCUCUAGGCCUCAGUUUCCUCAUCUGCACGGAAGGGACGAUAGCUGACGCCAUGGAGCUGGGAGGAUCCAGGCAGAGGCUGCAGCAGCCUAGGCGUGAUGCUACAGGCCCGGCCUCUGAUGAUGUGGGCUGUGUGGUGCCCUCUGAGUGCCUGCGGGCCUGCGGGGCCGAGAUCGGCUGCUCCAACAUCGCCUACCCCAAGCUGGUCAUGGAGCUGAUGCCCACAGGCCUGCGGGGGCUGAUGAUCGCUGUGAUGAUGGCUGCUCUCAUGUCAUCGCUGACCUCCAUCUUCAAUAGCAGCAGCACGCUCUUCACCAUGGACAUCUGGAAGUGGCUGCGGCCCCGUGCCAGGGAGCGGGAGCUGCUGCUGGUGGGACGCUCAGCCCCCCACAGGGCACCCUUGACCCUCCUUCUCACCCAUCCACCCAGGCUGGUCACUGUGGUGCUCAUCGGCGUGAGUGUGGCCUGGAUCCCGGUCCUGCAGGGCUCCAACAGUGGGCAGCUCUUCAUCUACAUGCAGUCGGUGACCAGCUCCCUGGCCCCCCCGGUGACCGCGGUCUUCGUCUUGGGCAUCUUCUGGCGGCGGGCCAACGAGCAGGGGGCCUUCUGGGGCCUGAUGGCGGGGCUGGCGGUGGGUGCCACCAGGCUGGUGCUGGAGUUCCUGCACCCGGCCCCGCCCUGCGGCCACCCCGAGGACCGGCCUGCCGUCCUGCACAGCAUCCACUACCUGCACUUCGCCGUGGCGCUCUUCGUGCUCAGCGGGGCCGUGGUGGUGGCUGGGAGCCUGCUGACGCCAGCCCCCCAGGGCAUCCAGAUCGAGAACCUUACCUGGUGGACCCUGGCUCAGGACCUGCCCUCGGGAGCCAAAACAGGUGACCCCCGAGCAUCCCAGAAACAUGCUUUCUGGGCCCGCGUCUGUGGCUUCAACGCCAUCCUCCUCGUGUGUGUCAACGUCUUCUUCUACGCCUACUUCGCCUGACACCGUCCCCGGAAGCCCCCCUUCCCCACCAAGGAUACGGAGGCCCAGAGGAGGGUGGCGCCCCUCGUGGCCACAGGGCAGGUCAGUGCCCAGGGGCUGGCUGAGCCCGCAAAGCAGGAGCUCUGAAAAAUUAGGGAGGAAAUGGGAAAAAAGAAUGUGUGGUGCUUCCAAAACAGUAGUCGUAAUUGGAAAGAAAACGAGAUUUCUGAUGAGCAU